AUGUUUUCCGGUGGUCUCGACAGCACUUAUCUGCUUCUCAGACUACAGCAGCUUGGCUUCACAAAUAUCCACGCAGUCGCCGUCAAUGUUGGGGCUCCCAUAGAUCAAGUCGAGCUCACAAAGCAUGCUGCCCAUUUCGGUGCACAGUUCGAAUGCCUUGACGGCCGUGAGCUGUUCGUCAAGCAAGGUGUCACGUCUGCCAUUCGUGCUCACGCUACGUACAUGGGCCUGUAUCCAAUCAGUAGCUCACUCACUCGUCCGGUGAUUGCUAGUUUGGCUACAGACUACGCCAAAGCCUUGGGUGCGGGCUUGCUGCUCCAUACUGCAAAUCUAUCGCAGAACAGUCUGCCUCGUCUCAACAACAGCAUCCGGCGCUGUGGUUUCUCUGGGCCGUUCGGAAGUCCUUAUGUUCACUCUGCUGUCUCGCGAGAGAACAAAGCGGCGGAACUGUCUGCAGUCGGACUGACCGUCAUGUCGGACCGGAAGUUGAGUGGUGAUGAGAACCUGUGGUGCCGUGAAUUCGAAGACGGCCCUGUGGAUGAUCCGGAAGAUUUUUCCAUCCCAGAAAAGGCUUUUGACUGGACCAGACACAGUAACGAUGAGCUGGCUAGAAAGCUCACACUCACCUUCGAGGACGGCAAUCUCAUCUCUAUCGACGGCAACAGCAUUCCUUUGAUCGAUGCCGUCGCGUUCCUGAACAAGGAAGUAGGAAAGUAUGGUCACGGUCGCUUCGUCGGGCUCGAGCCUUUGAGCACUGAUGACAAGGUUCUGGAGGUUCGUGAAGCUCCUGCCGCAGCCAUCAUCAUGGACGCCCUUCGUCAUCUCGAGAUUGCUACGCUUGACUCCAAUACGCUUGAGUUGAAGCAAAGUCUUGAACAAAGAUGGGUCAGGGAAGCGGUAUCUGGCCAUUGGGGAAGCAAGUCCCACAGGAUGUGUGAGGCUGCUAUUGCUUCCGCCUUGAUCGGCGUGGGUGGAAGUGUGACCUACAAUAUUGAUCAUAGGCGUUUCUUGCCUUGCUCCAUUGUAGCCCAGAGUCCUCGCUAUGUCAGAAACCGGGACGAGUGGGAACACAAACGAUCACUGCUGCUGCACGGCAAACCCUACAAUCAACCCAUUCAGGGCAAUGAGUUCCAAGCCCUCGACUUGCUGGCACAAAGUGCAACGCUUGGAUUGAUGGCAUCAGCGGCAGUCCAGACCAUCCACCAAAAGCUUCCAAUUACGUUGUAG